AUGAAGUUGGCAAUGGAGCAGACAGAAGAGGCCCCGCCGCAACAGAGUUAUCUUCCUCCUCCUGCUUUUCAGUCCUCCACGCAUAUGGCCUUCCAACAAGCCCAACACUUCCACCACCACCACCAGCAACAGCAGCAGCAGCAGCUCCACUUGUUCUGGGCUAACCAAAUGCAGGAGAUCGAGCACACCACUGAUUUCAAGAACCACACCCUUCCCCUCGCUCGCAUUAAGAAGAUCAUGAAAGCCGACGAAGACGUGCGGAUGAUCUCAGCCGAGGCCCCUGUCAUCUUCGCCAAGGCCUGUGAGAUGUUCAUACUCGAGCUCACGCUUCGUGCUUGGAUCCACACCGAGGAGAACAAGAGGCGGACCUUGCAGAAGAACGACAUAGCCGCUGCCAUUUCUAGGACCGACGUCUUUGAUUUCUUGGUCGACAUUAUCCCCAGGGAUGAGCUCAAAGAAGAAGGCUUAGGGGUAACCAAAGCAACCAUACCACCCGUCGUCGCUUCUCCGCCAUACUAUUACUUGCAGCAGCAGCAGCAGAGUAUGAUGCCCUGGCCCCAGGGGAAUCCAGAGCAACACCAUGAUCAGCCUUAA